AUGAUUACUUCGUCCGCAAGGUCAAUUCGGCAACAUGAUGAAAUUGCGACUCUUGCCCGUCUACACCAACAUCCACUGUGCCUAGCAGACCUGGUGAGACACGGUCGUCCACCUCUUUCAUCCGAAUCUCUCCUCUCCUCCGCCAACUUCGCACUCUCCCUCCUCCCAGUGCGCCUCGCCCACCGUAUCCAAGCUCUACGCAACCUCCCAUACAUCGUCGUCGCGAAUCCAAACAUUUCCCGCAUAUACAACAACUACCUCCACUCUCUGUCCAUCCUCCUCCCAUACUGGCACGCGACCCGCGAAGGACGGCCGAUCUCGACCCAAGAGGAUGAAGUGCACUUCACCAAUGUCCUUGCCGAGCUCGUGGCGACGCAUACGGAUACGAUCCCCAUUCUAGCCAAGGGCUUUCUCGAAUGUCGACGAUACAUAUCUCCCGAGGAGGUAACUCGAUUCCUCGAUCAGCACCUCCGCGCGCGAAUUGGUACACGACUUAUUGCAGAACAACACAUUGCGCUGCACUUUAGCUCCCAGCCGCAUUUCGACCCGAGUGCGAGUCCAACGCCGUGUCCCGAACAUCCUUCAUAUAUCGGAGUUAUUGACACAGCUCUUCGUCCAGCGCAAAUAGUUGAAUCAUGCGCUGGUUUCGUUGCCGAUAUUUGCGAGCUCCGUUAUGGCGUACGGCCCCUUCUCUACAUUCGCGGCGAACCAGACACGACCUUUGCAUUCGUGCCUAUGCAUCUCGAAUACAUCGUCACUGAGCUUCUCAAGAACGCCUUCCGCGCUACUAUCGAGAACAGGUCCAACGAACCCGUUAUCGUCACCAUCGCUCCAGAGCCAGCUCUACCUAAAGAAUCUUCGACGUCCACUACAAGUCCAUCGGCAGAGAACAAACAAAGUGACACAAAUAGUGACGGCAUUCGUCCUCUCGAUGACAACGCUCCGGGUGUAACAAUCCGUAUCCGCGACCGCGGUGGCGGCAUCCCGCCAGAGGUCACCCCAAAUAUUUGGUCAUACUCGUUUACAACUUUCUCCGACGACGUCGACGACUUCCCUGGAGACGCCAACGGCAAUGAUGGUGGGCUCAGCGCCAUAUCAACCGCCAGCACCGGUGGCAGCUCCAUCGCCGGUCUUGGCUACGGAUUACCCCUAAGCAGGGCGUAUGCGGAAUAUUUUGGUGGAGGAAUUGCGGUACAGAGCCUGUAUGGGUGGGGAACAGAUGUGUACUUGCGUUUGAAGGGCGUCGGAAACUUGGAUAAGCAGCAGUAG